AUGGUGUGCAACAAUACAAUCAAUACUCACCUCGCUGCACCUGAACAUCCACCGGAACACCAUCCGGUGACAAAACGAAUGACACAAACCAAGCGUUCAAUGAUUAGUUCGGAUGGUAUCGCAAUUGCGCCACGGACUGAAUUCUUUACAUUAUGGCCUCGAACAAUUUCCAUAUACAGCAGUGAUUUGUUACGAAAUUGUCAACCGCUUCUCGCUAUUCAGUAA